GGGAUCCCAGAGAGGAGUAAGGUGCACGCAUGCCCCUGGGUGUUACUGUAGGGGUCUAACAUACAGAGCCCCUGUGUGUGCCAGCUGCUGUGUGGGGGCCACAGCUGUGGACCAGUCAGAUGCCGGCCUGCCCUCCAGAGGGGGUGCUCAGUCUAUGGGAGACCUCAGACCAGGUCACACAGAUAAUCAUGUGAUUCCACAUUAAUUAAUCACAGAUAAUAGUGGAAUUACAUAAGAUGUCAACGAGGUAGACCAGGGUUCUGUGAAAGAGUUGAGGGAGUGGGUGGUCUGAACUUGCCGUGGCAGGACGGCUGGAUCCAGGGGCUCAGGGGCUCUCUUCUUGCUGUGCUUUGCACUGUGCUGGCCUCAGCCCUGGGGAGGUUGUCUCUAGUGCAGAGUGUGAGAGGUUGAGGAGAGGGCAGCAGCAUCCAUCAACAGAAAACAUGGGCACUCUGCCCGGCCAGUCUAACCCAGAAGUGCACCUCACUGGCCUGUCUUGAGUCACAUGUCCUUCCCUGAGCCUGUCACACAGCCAGUUGGAUUUACAAUAUAUUGAUAGAUAGAGUCUGGGAUGCUUGCCUGGGUAGGAGGGUGAACUCCCUGGACUGAGAAGCAGUGGUUCCCAAAGAACAACUCAGGUUCACACCUUAUACAAAAAUCAACUCAAAAUGGGCUAUAAAACCUGAAGCGAACUGGACUCCGUGGGUCAUGCCUGUAAUCCCAGCACUUUGGUUGGCCAAGGCGGGCCACCGUGACUUCAGGAGUUCAAGACUGGCCUGGCCAUAUGUAGUGAAACCCUGUCUGUACAGAAAUACAAAAAAAUUAGCCAGGCAUGGUGGUGCACGCCUGUAGUCCCAGCUACUCAAGAAGCUGAGAUGGGAGGAUCGCUUGAGCCCAGGAGGCAGAGGCUGCAGUGAACUGAGAUUGUGCCACUGCACUCCAGCCUGGGCAACAGAGUGAGAUCCUAUCUUAAAGGCGGGGGGUGGGGAGGGAACUAAACCUGCAAUGGUAACACUACUUGAAGGAAACAUAUGGGGAAAGUUUUUGGUCUGGGCAAUGAUUUCUUGGAUAGGACCCCAAAAGCAAAGGCAUCAAAAGCAAAAAUAGACAAAUGGGAUGGCACCCAACUAAAAAGCUUCUGCACAGCAAAAGAAACAACAAAGUGAGGAGAGAGGCUACAGGAUGGGAGAAAAUCUUUGUAAACCAAACACCUGAUAAGGGGGCUAAUAUCCAAAAGAAACAAGGAACUCAAUAACAAGAAACAAAUAUCCCAAUUUAAACAUGGGCAAAGGAGCUGAACAUACAUUUCUCAAAAGACACAUGAAAAAAUGUUCAACAUCGCUACUCGUGCAGGAAAAUACAAGUUAACAUCUCAAUGAGAUACCACCUCACACCUGUUAGAAAGGCUACUACCAAACCAUAGGAGAUAACAGAUGCUCGUGAGGAUGUGGAGGAAAGGGAAGCCUUACCUGCUGUCGGUGGGAAGGGAAAUGAGCGCAACCAUUUUGGAAAAUCAUACGGCAGUCCCUUAGAACACCAAAAAUAGAGGUACCAUGUGAUCCAGCAACCCUACUUGUGGGUAGUAUCCACGGGAAUUGAAGUCAGCAUGCUGAAGAGGUGUCUGCCUCCAUGUUCAGUGCAGUGCCAUUCACAACAGCUAAGACACGGCAGCAACCCGACUGCCCAGCAUCAGAUGGAUAGGAUGGCGUGUCUACACUGUUCUGCCUUAACAGAGAUGGACAUUCUAUCAUUUGUGACAACAUGGAUGAACCCAGAGGACGAUAUGCUAAGUGAAAUAAGCUAGGCACAGAAAGACAAAUACUAUAUGGUCUGAUUUUUAUGUGAAAUCUGAAAAAGUUGAACUCCUAGAAGCAGAGAGAAUGGUGGUCACCAGGAGCUGGAGAGUGGGGGACUAGGGAUGGGGAGAGGGGAGACAUUGCUCUUCGGGUACAAAGUUCCAGGCAGGAAGGGUAAGCUGAGGGCCCUGUUGCACAGCAUGGCAAACAUCCCUAACAAUAGCACCUUGUCUAUUUCACAAUUGCUUAAAGAGUACAUUUUAAGUGUUCUUUUUUCAUUAGCUUGACUGAAUCUUUCUACAAUGCAUAUUGUAGAAAUCACAUUUCUACACAUAUCACAUCAGAACAUCAUAUUGUACCCCAUAAAUAUCUACGGUUAUGUUGAUUAAAAAUUAAAAGAGUAACUGGGGAGAAGAGAGGAGAGGGAAUGCCGGAUGGUUAAAACCAGCCAAGAUCCCCUGCAGCGGGUGACCCAGAAACCAAAGGUGAGUAGGAGUGGCCCAGUUUGGGAGGGGAGUGGGCCCUCACUGUGAGAUGCCAAGGGGACACUCCUUGGUGAGGUGAAAAGGGGUCGUGCCUCAUCAAAGGGUUCGGAUUCUAUUCCAAGCAGGGGUGGAGGCGGGAUGAUCUGGUUCAUGUUUCAGAGUGUAAACUGGCCACCCCCGCAGGGCUCAAUCACAGAGGUCCCUUCCUGUGGCUCCCCUCCUCUCCUCCCCAGACCUCUCUCCCCUCCCACUUUCCCAUGCACCCUCUCCCCUCCUCCUAUGCCUCCCUCCUUCCCACUAACCACUUAUCACCUCCACAGCCCUCUGUCACCUCCAGGGCCUCCAGCCUCCUCACCUGGGAGCAGGGCCACAUGAUGGUGGUAAAAAUAACUCCCUUUGACAAAGUGUGAAGAGGGCAGAGGAAGGAGGGAAGCUGAGCCCCAGCGCUAGGAAGGAGCUCUGGGAGGGUUCUCAGCUCUGGGUCACCCUCGCUCACUGGGGACACAGCAGUCACGGGCUCUACCCCCGAGAGUGCACACCCAUUGCCAGCAGCAGCGACUCACACUGGAUGAAGUAGCUCCCAAAGCGGUCCCCUGCAUGGUAUCAGCGAUGCUUCUUCACCCCAUCUCCGAGGCCGGGUGUGUUCCCCCCAGCCCCAGUCCUCAGGCAUUUCUCUGAGUCCCCGCCCCCUGUCGGGGUCCCCAUGGUGGGCACAGCGGCAGCAGGUGGGCGGCCUCCCCGGGUGAGCAUGCAGGAGCACAUGGCCAUCGAUGUGAGCCCGGGCCCCAUCCGGCCCAUCCGCCUCAUCUCCCACUACUUCCCACACUUUUACCCUUUCACAGAGCCUGCCUUGCACCCUCCGGACCUGCACCCCGCAGCGGUGUCCACCAUCCACUCUGCACCCCAGCCACAGCCCAACCCAGAGCCAGAGAGAGACUCAGACGACAGCACUGCCCUGGGCACCCUGGAGUUCACACUUCUUUUUGAUGCGGACAACAGUGCCCUGCACUGCACGGCUCAUCGUGCCAAGGGCCUCAAGCCGUUGGCCUCAGGCUCCGUGGACACCUAUGUCAAAGCCAAUCUACUGCCAGGGACCAGCAAGGCCAGCCAGCUUCGGACACGCACCGUUCGGGGCACGAGGGUACCUGUCUGGGAGGAGACACUCACCUAUCACGGCUUCACCCGCCAGGAUGCUGCAUGCAAGACCCUUAGGCUGUGUGUGUGUGAGGACCCAUGGCUGUGGCGACGGCGGCGGGCGCCUCCCCUAGGGGAGCUGCAGGUGCCCCUGAGGAAGCUGGUGCCAAACCGAGCCAGGAGCUUCGACAUCUAUCUGGAGAAGCGGAGGCUGGCCAAGAGGCCCAAGAGCCUGGACACAGCCCGCGGCAUGUCCCUCUAUGAGGAGGAGGUGGAGACAGAGGUGGCCUGGGAGAAACGUGGGCGUGUCCUGCUGUCACUGUGCUACAGCUCUCAGCGGGGUGGCUUGCUGGUGGGUGUGCUGCGCUGCGCCCACCUGGCCCCCAUGGAUGCCAGUGGUUACUCGGACCCCUUUGUGCGCCUUUUCCUGCAUCCAAAUGCAGGGAAGAAAUCUAAAUUCAAGACCAGUGUUCGCAGGAAGACCCUGAACCCCGAGUUCAAUGAGGAAUUCUUCUACUCAGGCCCACGGCGGGUGGCCCAGAAGACGCUGCUAGUGUCCGUGUGGGACUAUGACCUGGGCACAGCUGAUGACUUCAUGGGCGGGGUGCAGCUGGGCAGCCAUGCCAGUGGGGAGCGCCUGCGGCGCUGGCUUGAGUGCCUGGGCCACAGUGACCACCGCCUGGAGCUGUGGCACCCGCUGGACAGCAAGCCUGUCCAGCUCAGCGACUAGCCCAUGGGCCCUGUCUACCACCUCUCCACUAGAGCUGCUUGAAGCAUCCCCACAAAAAUGAUGGAGGUUGGGGCUGCCUCACCCAUCAUGCCCCCCAGUGCCAAGUCAGAGAGGUGUUUCCUCUCUCCCCGCUUUCACAUUCACCCCACCCCAAAUCAUAGAGCCAAAAUAAACAUCUCUUUCAAGUCA